UCUUACCAAACCAAACAAAAGUUCCAACCUUUUCUCUUUCAUUUCAUAUCUUCUCUUUUUCUCUUCUUCUCCUUCUUCUUCUCCUCUCUCUAACCAGUCAACCAUGGAUUCCAAAUCCCCAAGAACCAACAACAACCACCACCACCACCACCUUCUCCCAUCUCCUCGCAGCUCAAGCAGCAGCAGCAGCACCAGCAACAAUGGCGGAGCAAUCCCAUCUCCGCCGUCACCCUCGCCGUACCCGCCAAAACCCAUCACCAGAUCCGACUCCGCCAACCCAUAUCCAACCACCUUCGUCCAAGCCGACACCUCCUCCUUCAAGCAAGUCGUCCAGAUGCUCACCGGAUCCACCGAGACCGCCAAACAAGCCUCCUCCGAAGUCCUCGCCGGCACCGCCGUGCCACCCAACAAAUCCCACCACCACCAUAACCACAACCACCACAACCACCACCACAUCCCGCCGAUCAAAACCAUUCCCAGGAAGCAGAACCACCAGCAGCACCAAUCAGGGUUCAAGCUCUACGAGCGGAGAAACUCGCUCAAGAAUCUCAAGCUCAACCCACUCCUCCCUGUGUUCUCUUCUCCUCAUCACUCCGCCGGUUCCGCCGGAUUCUCUCCCCGGAAGCCGGAGAUUCUCUCCCCCAGCAUCCUCGACUUCCCGGCGCUUGUUCUCAGCCCCGUCACUCCCCUCUUGCCGGACCCCUUCAACCGCGCCGCCGCCGGGAACCUACACCGGUGUGGGAAUUCAAGCCCAAGCUUGAACACUGAAGCUGAAGAGAAAGCUAUCAAGGAGAAAGGGUUUUUCUUACACCCUUCUCCCUCAACCACUCCCAGAGACCCUGAACCUCGCUUGCUUCCAUUGUUUCCUACAACUUCACCUAGAGCCUCAGGUUCAUCUUCAUCGUCUUGAAUUUUAAUUUUCACCCUUUUUGUCUCUUUUAGAUUUUGUGUAAGAUUCUUAUAUAUAUCAAAUUAUCAAUGACAUUGAUGAGGAAAAGAGAGAUGAAAUUGUAAUGGGUUAUGCAGAAAAUGCAAGAAUCUUGCUUCAAUUGUAUGUAAAAUUGAAAAUUAUAUGCCCUUUUUGCCUUUGAUUUUGA